AUGGGAAGCGUGACAGCCAAUCAGAUAACAAGCUACUGAAAGUGAGGGCAGGGAGUCAAGACCCGGAAACGUCUUCUAAUAUAAACAAACACAUGUAGGGUACCGGAGGGAAAGGAGUCACGGAUCUGCCCCUGCGGGAGGAGACGGACCCGGGGAUGGAGGUCGGGCACUUCUCCCAGUGUUAAUGGCUUGUCUGUCCCAAGCAGCCCGAAUGGACCUUGUUGCUGGAGAUACGGCAAGGACUGACCGAGAGCGGAGGUUUGACCAGUCAGAUGCUGCCUUGAGUAGUAACCGCUUCCAAGUUCCCAACAAUGGCCGCACACAGGGCCUAAUAACGUCUAGUGCUCUUCCUGCCUCCGUCCAUCGCAUCUCUGAUGAAGACUUUCUCUGCAGAAAGCGCCAGAGGACCUCAAACACAUCCGUGUGCUGCCCGGGACUUGCUCAGCGUCUGGCUGCACCACAACAAGAGGCUGGUGAAUGUACUGCGGGGGCCAUAAAUAGAGGAAAAGACCAAGGAACACUUUCAAGUCAUUCUGUGCAGGGGGAACACUGCUGGGCUACUCGCUCAGGGAGCCGGGUGACCGCACUGUAUGCAGAACUAGUAAGAGAACUGGAGACACAAGUAGCAGAGCUUCAUGAAAUAUUAGCGUCUCGAGAUGAGGCCGCCGCUGUGAGAGAGUGGAGGAUCCAGGAGCUGGAAGUGGAGAACCAAGAACUGAAAAGACAAGUCCAGUGUCUAGAAGAACAGAAUGAUGAACUGUCCCACAGGGAUCAGGAUGCUCCAAGGGACGGGGAACGACUUCUUGGACCAGAAAGCCGUUGUGUUGAUGUCAAUGAAAAUAAUACAUCUUUCCCGAAAAACGUAACCGGUUUUCUGGAGACAAACUCGACCCCACCGAUGUCUGCACCACUGACGUCCUCCUCUCCUGUUCCACCAACUGAUCCUAAACUCGCUAGACCAGAGGUUUCCAUCUCUCCUGUUGUUCCGCAUGCAGUAGAGCCAAGACCACCGACUAAUACACCUGCAGAGGUUUCCAACUCUCCCAACGAAGGAAUACUGAGAGUCAGUGGGGUUACCAGCGGCUUUCAGUAUUGGAUGAAAAUGGAUGAGAGUGGAGAAAACACUCUCCCAGAAUCCUGUGUGCUGUGGGAUGAACCUCUACAAGAGACUCUGCCAGAUGGAAGUCCUGCCUGGGCCUCCCCUGUAGAGGGUAAUGGUCGGCCUAAACUGGAGAUGGUGCCAUCAUCGGGCGUGUAUAUCACCCACCAGCAGCUGGAGGAUCUCUCUCAUAUUCCCCCAGAUAAGCCUAAACUGAUGACACGGAGACUCUUAGAUUACUUUUUCUCCCGGGAGACACUCGCUCGAUCAUCGGCAACAGGGCAGCGCAUCGCUCACAAUAACACCACUAUGGAAAAACCACUACGACUGCCUGAUAAUGUGGUCACUGCCAUCAAAGCAUAUGUUACAAGGGCCUGCGGACGUGGCUGUAACUUUAACGCUGUGAUAAACAGUAAGUGUGGGACGUCCCGCCGAGCAGUAAAAAAGAUGUCCAUUCGGAUUGACUGGACGGAAGGUGGAGCUAAACUCUGCCCACGGACAGCACCCGGUUUACUUGCUCAGAAAGGUCACGGUCAACCGGAAAAGACACACGUCGCGGCGAUAAGAGGAACGGAAUUACUACUGCCACAAUCUGUGCCACUAAAUAGCUGAGCAUUGGCAAAACUUUAAAUACAGACUUGCCAAUACGGUUCUAGCUCAGGCAGCCAUGCAGAAUUGGAAGGGGGGAUUUUUUAGGACUGAUCAAAUACCUCCCCUUUCUGUGCAGCUGCAAUAAUGGUGCUGGGUAUUCGGCUACCCCCCGUGUGUAUAGAUAAGCGUGAAACCGUAUGCUUCCUGUACAUAGCAAACAAUAAAAAUAUAUAUAUUUAAUGUAUAUAACACCUUUUCUGAAAGUAAACAACUGGAACGAUCCAUGGUAAUGUA